AUGAUGGACUUGGGUAAAAUGGACUUCACAAGUCUCUUCAAGGGGAACUUGUCGGCCAUGGCCGAGAACAUGACUGGCGGAAGGUCUUACUCGCCCAACAGCAAGAUGAUGGAGAGCCUCAUGCCUAUGCUGGGCGGCCAGUUCAACCCGGUCGUCCGCUCCAUCAUGUUUUUGUAUCAAAUGAUAGGAUCACAUUUGGGCAUCGACCCGACGCUCAUUCUCACCCUGGCCGGCUUCGUUUGGGCUCUAAACAGAGCCGUCCGGCAGGUUUACGGUGCAAUCUUCCGAUUCAUUCAGGACAACUUCAUGAGCUCGAUCCACGUCCAGAGCACCGACGAGAUUUACACCCACAUGAUGAAGUGGCUGGCUCUGCAGCCGCUGAUGGCCAGUUCGCGAUCACUGACGGCAGAGACUGUGAGCAAGACGGCAUGGGAGGAAGAAGAAGAGCUUGAGGCUUUGCAGACGAGAAUGAUAGCCGGAAGUGGCGAUGACGAGACCAGGUAUCUCAACUUUUCUAACCAAGAGGCCAAAGCUCCUCCAAGAUAUGUCCCAGCUGUUGGCGUUCACGGCUUUUGGUUCAGGAACCGCUAUUUCAGACUGCACCGCAAGCAACAGAACGUUUUUGACGGCGCCGAAGCUUACGGAACGUUUAGGAAAGAAGAAGAUCUUGUCAUAUCCUGCUUCGGACGAGAUCCAGGACCCAUCAAAGAACUGCUUCGAUUCGUCAAGGAGUUCUACUACUCAGAUCAUUAUGCUCGCACCACAAUCAAGCGCCCUAGCCCGCAACCGAUGCGUCGAUAUGGCGGCCGCUACAAUUGGAGCCAAGUUGCCAACCGUCCCGUCAGACCCAUGCGCACUGUUGUUCUCGAUCCAAAGCAGAAGGGCCAAGUUCUCGCGGACAUGAACGAAUACCUUCAUCCCGCCAGUCCCAGAUGGUACGCGAACAGAGGAAUUCCACUUCGUCGUGGCUACUUGUUCUACGGACCCCCUGGCACAGGGAAAACGUCCCUUUCCUUCGCCUUGGCUGGUGUCUUUGGGCUUGACAUCUUCGUCAUCUCCCUGCUUGAGCCGACGCUGACAGAGGAGGAUCUCGGUACACUCUUCAACUCGCUUCCACGCCGCUGUGUUGUUCUGCUUGAGGACAUCGACACUGCUGGCCUGAGCCGUGGCCAAGACGAGGAGAUCGAUGACGCAGCCCCUGCAUCUGAAUCCAAAGACGACAACGAUAAUCAGAACGCCAAUAAAGAUGGCGAAAACGCCAGCAAGAAGGAGGACCGACCCGGUAGAAGAACCACCAAGGACGACUGGAAAGUCUCGGACCUCGCGCGCGCUCUCAAGAAGGAGGCCAAGGACGACAAGAAAGGUAUCUCCCUCUCGGGCCUCCUCAACGCCAUCGACGGCGUCGCCUCCCAGGAAGGCCGCAUCCUCGUCAUGACAACCAACAAACCCGAAUCGCUCGACGAGGCCCUCAUCCGCCCCGGCCGCGUCGAUCUGCAAGUCGGCUUCACCAACGCCACACCCGCGCAGGCGACGGAGUUGUUCCAGCGCAUGUACGAGGCCGACGGCGCCGCCCCCGCCAAGCGCGUCGACGGCCACGUCGCGCCACCUACGAACCCCGGACCGCCCAUCGUCAAGAUGAACGGCGACGCGUCCGCGGCCGGGUCGGGGUCCUCCACGCCUUCGCCUUCCAAGACUUCCUUUGCGCAGGCCGAGGCUACAGCUGCGGCCGAGGAGGCAGAGAAGAAGCGCCAAUUCGACGCGGAGGAGCUGAGACGCAUCGCGGACGAGUUUGGCACGCUGAUUCCCGAUGGAUUGUUCAGCCCGGCUGAGAUCCAGGGCUUCCUCCUGAAGCGCAAGAAGGACCCGCGAAGGGCGCUCCGGGAGACGGCGGAGUGGGUUGAGGGGAUGCGCAUGCAGAAGGAGAGCAAGACCAAGGUUCUCAAGGUGCAGUGA